AUGGAUAACCAUGAGUAUGAGGGGAACUCCAAAGGCCGGCCAUGUGUCUUUCCCUUCAUCUACAAGAGCCGGACAUUCUACACCUGCACCAAUGAGAAUAGUGACGGUGGGAGAUUCUGGUGUGCCACAACUGGGAACUAUGAUAAAGAUACGCAGUGGAGCUACUGUGCUGACACAAGGCUAAGUUCAAGUCCGACAGGGCCGUGCAUCUUCCCCUUCACCUACAAGAGCAAGUCCUACUCAUCUUGCACAACAGAUGGAACACGUGAUGGAAAGCCCUGGUGCUCUCUCACCAAGAACUAUGAUGUGGAUCCAAAAUGGACAUACUGCGACCCCUCAGAACCCCUCCCCUGCAUUUUCCCUUUCAUAUUCCAGGGGAAAUCCUACUCUGCAUGCACCAAAGAAGGCGCUGCUGAGAACCAACUGUGGUGUGCCGUAACUGCUGAUUAUGACAAGGAUAGUAAAUGGAAGGCAUGUGCAAGCCAAGAGUAUGAGGGGAACUCCAAAGGCCGUCCAUGUGUCUUUCCCUUCAUCUACAAGAGCCAGACAUUCUACACCUGCACCAAUGAGAAUAGUGACCGUGGGAGAUUCUGGUGUGCCACAACUGGGAACUAUGAUAAAGAUACGCAGUGGAGCUACUGUGCUGACACAAGGCUAAGUUCAAGUCCGACAGGGCCGUGCAUCUUCCCCUUCACCUACAAGGGCAACUCCUACUCAUCUUGCACAACAGAUGGAACACGUGAUGGAAAGCCCUGGUGCUCUCUCACCAAGAACUAUGAUGUGGAUCCAAAAUGGACAUACUGCGACCCCUCAGAACCCCUCCCCUGCAUUUUCCCUUUCAUAUUCCAGGGGAAAUCCUACUCUGCAUGCACCAAAGAAGGCGCUGCUGAGAACCAACUGUGGUGUGCCGUAACUGCUGAUUAUGACAAGGAUAGUAAAUGGAAGGCAUGUGCAAGCCAAGAGUAUGAGGGGAACUCCAAAGGCCGUCCAUGUGUCUUUCCCUUCAUCUACAAGAGCCGGACGUUCUACACCUGCACCAAUGAGAAUAGUGACGGUGGGAGAUUCUGGUGUGCCACAACUGGGAACUAUGAUAAAGAUACGCAGUGGAGCUACUGUGCUGACACAAGGCUAAGUUCAAGUCCAACAGGGCCGUGCAUCUUCCCCUUCACCUACAAGAGCAAGUCCUACUCAUCUUGCACAACAGAUGGGUCAUCGGAUGAAAAACCCUGGUGCUCUCUCACCAAGAACUAUGAUGUGGAUCCAAAAUGGACAUACUGCAACCCCUCAGAACCCCUCCCCUGCAUUUUCCCUUUCAUAUUCCAGGGGAAAUCCUACUCUGCAUGCACCAAAGAAGGCGCUGCUGAGAACCAACUGUGGUGUGCCGUAACUGCUGAUUAUGACAAGGAUAGUAAAUGGAAGGCAUGUACAAGCCAAGAGUAUGAGGGGAACUCCAAAGGCCGUCCAUGUGUCUUUCCCUUCAUCUACAAGAGCCGGACGUUCUACACCUGCACCAAUGAGAAUAGUGACGGUGGGAGAUUCUGGUGUGCCACAACUGGGAACUAUGAUAAAGAUACGCAGUGGAGCUACUGUGCUGACACAAGGCUAAGUUCAAGUCCGACAGGGCCGUGCAUCUUCCCCUUCACCUACAAGAGCAAGUCCUACUCAUCUUGCACAACAGAUGGGUCAUCGGAUGAAAAACCAUGGUGCUCUCUCACCAAGAACUAUGAUGUGGAUCCAAAAUGGACAUACUGCAACCCCUCAGGCGACUCAAACAAAACAGAUGAAGACUAUGGAUGCCUGUGAUUCCAGCGGUGGCAAUUUCCCAAUAACCUGACCAACAUUUGACUAGCUCUUCCUGGCUUCCCUUUGAACUGUAAAAAUGUAGUGUUCCUCAUAGUUUGGUGUGGCCCAGCCCCAGCCCCUCCCCCAUUUCUCUUUCUUUCAAUCUGUAUGUUUUCUCAGAGCACAGGAUAUAGCUGUCUUGCUGAACCUAAGCAGUUCUGAUCAGUGUCUAGAUGGGACAUCAACUGGGAACCUUUGGAAAGCCACUUGAAUCCCAUCAUGGAAUCCCGUGAUCCCGGUCAGCUGGUGGCCCCACAGGGACGAGCCUUCUCAGUUUCUGCCCCGAGACUGUGGAAUGCGCUCCCUACUGAGAUACGAUCUUCCCCAUCUCUGACAAUUUUUUAAAAGCAUUUGAAAACCCACCUCUUCGCCCAAGCUUUGUCAGCUCUUUAAAAUUUUUAGGUUUUAAUCUGUGGUUGAUUUUUAAAUUGUUGAAUUGUUUUAAGUUUUUGAUUAUGAGUUUAACUUGUUUUAUGCUAUUGUUAACCACCCAGAGACAAAAGUUUUGGGCGGGGUACAAAUUAGAUAGAUAGAUAGAUAGAUAGAUAGAUAGAUGCACCUAUGCAUCCUUGCUCUGUG